UCUGUGACCAAUGGGUGGAUAAGUAUUAUACGUCAUGCUGAUAUUCAGACUUACCAUUACUUACCGUUUGCUCGUCCCUUCAUUCCGUUUAACAAAAGCUAAUUAGGAACAAGUAGACAUUUAGUUAUUUUAAGUGGCUAGUCAGAGCGUUAACGUGUGGUUACUGUGUCUUUUAAUUCAAUCAUAAUAUUUGUUUUAUAUAACCUCAAUUUUUGUGAUUUAAUGUGUCAACAUUUAUUGUAUAUGGAAAAUUGACACGUAUCAAUAACCUUUGUACGUAACUUAUGGAGUCAAGUCCUUUAAAAGUAUGAAAAAUAAGAUGAUCUGAACGGUGGAUCACAAUGACCGUGGAUUUCGUUGAUUAUUUUUGGGGUGAAAAGAAUAAUGGAUUUGAUGUGUUGUACCAUAAUAUGAAGCAUGGUACUGUGGCGAGCAAAGAGUUGGCCGAUUUUUUUCGAGAACGUUCGGCUAUCGAAGAAAACAACUAUAAGCUUCUUACUAAACUGGCAAAGCAAGUUAGCAACAGCAGUUCUAUGCAAGGAACAUUUACACCUGUGUGGAUAUCAUUAAAGGGUGUUCUUGAAAAGUUGGCAAGUCUACAUUUGCAAAUAGCACAGAAAGUCAGUGACCUUAUUAAAGAUGUCACCAAGUACUCAGAAGAACUCCAUAAAAAGCAUAAAGCGGUAAAAGAAGAAGAAUCUUCGACAAUCGAAAUUGUACAGAGUAUACAAAAUGUUACAGUUUCAUUGCAAAAAGCUAGAGACGAAUGUUUUAGACGUGGCCUAGAAUUAGAAAAGUUAAGAAAGGAUAAUGCGAGUCAGCGAGAACUCGAAAAAGCAGAAGUAAAAUUCAAGAGAGCACAAGAAGACUAUAAAACUUUUGUUGAAAAGUAUAGCAUUAUUCGAAAUGAUUUUGAGAGUAAAAUCAGUCAAGCUUGUAGGCGGUUUCAGGGCAUUGAAGAAACACAUUUGAAGCAAAUGAAAGAAUUCCUUUCGAUCUACGUAGACUUUCUCCAAACCAAUCACGAAGAAGUGGGCCGAGUUCACGCAGACUUUAAACAUCACUGUUUAGCCAUGACAGUAGAAGAUUUGUUACAGCAGUUUGUGCAGAGUAAAUGCACGGGAUUUGAAAAACCAGGCCUGAUUGAAUACGAAGAAGUGAUGACAAGUCUAGCAGAACUUGUGGGUAAUUCUUCAGAUGAAGUUAAAAAUUUGGAAACAUCCAAAGAAGUGUCAAAGGGUACUAAUGCAGAAACAGGAGUUGCUGGUUUCCUUAGAAGCCGACGUGAGAAGAGAAAGGAAAAGAAAGCCAAAAAAAAGAAGGAAUCCAUUGAUGCUAGCAGUAAUAAAGAAGACAAAUCGGAUCUAGAUGAUAAAGAUGAAGGAAGAAAAUCUGAAACCCCAACGCCUGAAGUGGAUGAGGAUGGAUUUUGUAUCAGACCCAAACCAGAUUCAUGGGAUAGUGAAAGAGGUUUUUAUUCUAGUUCUGAUACCGAAUCAGAUGAUGAGAAAUAUCGAAAGUUGAGAGUGGAAAUUAAACCUCUAAGUAAUGGAAACACACCAAUAAGUGCCAGUGUUGAUGAACUUAGAGCAACGGUGGAAAAUCUUUCCCUUAUAACUGCUCCUACGGUUCGCAGAGAUUCACAUGUUGAUUCUGAUUAUUCCAUGAAAAGAUCGCAGUCUGUCUUGCAACAGCUGUCUGGUAAACCGAGUUCAGAUUUGCUCGGUUUAAAUUUGACCAACCUGUCCAGUAUAACAUCGAGCGCCUCAACUCCAGUAGCCAGUCAUCCAUAUGCUCCUCUGCAAAGUCCACCAAUGUUGUCAUCGCCUUUAGUACUACAUCUAGAUUCACAAUCAAUUCCGCAAAAAUUUCAAGAUGGCGAUCUGUUUUCGGAAGUAGAUGAUAUGACAUCUGAUUUAACUUAUAAACUGUCAGCUUCAUCUAUACCAACUGGAAUCAUUGCUAUACCUAGGCCACCUUCUCGAAGAGGUGAAUGUCAGUCUAACCGAGGGAGAAUGUCGCCAGCAACAAUUACAAGAGCAGAUAGUGUUGCAAGUUUGGAAUUUCGUGCAACCGGAGUUGGCGUAGGCACCUCGAGAGGUCCUUCUCCGUUGACAAUUGGUCUCGCUGAUACAAUUCCAUUAGCAGUGGCAUUUCACGAAUUAGUACACUCAUAUUUCAGAGGAUCCGACGAAACUCGCUGCCAAGUCAAGUUGAGUGGAGAUAUGAUGCUAUCAUUCCCCGCAGGGAUUCUAACGGUACUGACUAAUAAUCCAAGUCCUGCAAAGCUCAUAUUUCGCAUAAAAAACAGUAACAGAUUGGAAAAAGUUAUUCCCAAUUCUCAGCUGAUCAACAUGGAUAUAACGCAGGCAAGUGUUGAAAGUAUGCUAUUUGAAUUCAACAUGAGUGCCUUAACUGCAUUAUUACGAAAACAAGCCGAGCAUAGUCCUUCAGCAUCUUAUUUCAAUGUGGAUAUUUUGAAAUAUCAGGUCAGAAUUAGAGAGGGAGCUACUUCUUGUCCGUUCCAAGUGGUGUCUUAUUGGAAAUGUGAACCUAACCAUACUGACCUAAAGAUUGACUAUAAAUAUAACAGUCGAGCUAUGGCGUCACCCAGUCCUUUGCUGAAUCUCCACGUAGCAGUUCCAAUCGUUGGUGGUUUCAAAAGCCAACAAAGUAAACCUCAUGCGCAGUGGUUACCGGAUACAAAACGCUUAGUUUGGAAGUUCACAGAAUUGUCACAGCAUAGUGAAGGAAACGGCGUUGGAUCAUUAAAAGCAAGAAUUGAUCUGGAACAUGGGCCAGGUUCCCAAGGAACAAUACAUACACAAUUUAAUUGUGAAGGUACCACUUUGUCUGGAAUUGAAUUUGAACUUGUGGGUUCAGGAUAUAGGUUAAGUUUGGUCAAACGCAGAUUUGUUUCAGGAAAAUACAUAUGUGAGGGUGAUAUCGAUCCACGUACACGGUAUGCUGAAACUCCUGUUCAUGUUGAUUAAUAAAAUGUAGUGUGUGCCUACGAAGAAAAUGUUUGAUGAUUGACGCAAGGUAUUAUGGUGCCUGGGAAACUGUUAGAAACCAAAGAGACUGAUUUUAAAUAAAUUAGAAUCAUUUAGAACGAUGAACAUGUCCAGUGAAAUAAAGUAGAUAACGUUUCGCAUCCAGAAGCCUUAAGUCAAUAUCGUUUGACGUUCAAGCAUAUAAUAUAUAGUUGACUGAUAGAAGUAAUAUUAUGAUAAUGUGUUCUUAGUUUUUAGGAAAAUGUAAGAUGAAUAUGAAAACUGUUAGAUAUUUCUUGUAAAUCGAUGAAAAUUAAAUAUACAUUUUCAUUUUUUUAUUGCUUCAAA